AUGACAAGGGUCUAUUACAAGGAUGCGCAUGGAGCGGUGAUCGUUAUGGAUUCUACGCGUGAAGCUACCCAUGAAGGGGCAUUAAGAUGGAAAACGGAUCUUGACAAUAAAGUCACAUUGGCUGAUGGUAGCCCGGUGCCAGCGAUAUUACUUGCAAACAAGUCCGACUUGGACAGCGGAGUGUCGGAUGAAGAGCUGAGACAGAUGGAGCGCGAGGGGAGCUUUGCAGCUUCCUUUAAAACCUCCGCCAAGGACAACACGAAUAUUGAGGAGGCAUUCAAGUAUUUGGCGCAAUGUGUGAUAAGCACGGAACGUGGUGGACAGUAUGAAAUCCCGCUCUUCAAUCGUGAAGGCCAGGUCCGUCUGACUGAUGACGUCUUGAAAACGCGUGAAAUCCACUCCAAAAACUCUUGCUGUACUAUUCUC